CUACCAGAUCGAUCCCAAUUAAUCUCUCUUCUUCCUUCCUCGAAGAGAAAGACUUAAUUGGGAAGCGAGAUGCAAGGACCAGGCCGGCAAGAAUGCAACUGGAUGGAGGAGGUGAAGCUGAGAAUCAACGAGGAAGCUGAGGGCGUGUCCUUGAGCAUCCCUCCCUACUUCCGAAGGUUCGACCGAAUCAAUAACGAAGAAUGCCCGUCCAUUUUCAUGCGGCCUCGCCGCAUGGCUAACCACCAAGCAGGCGUAGACGUAGCUCCCACGCCCAUGAUUGCUGCACAGACCCCGUCUUCCCAGCAACCCCCCCAUCAUACCAGCAGAGGCUCGACCGGGGGAAGCGUCAUCGUCGCUGCCGUCGGGCCGUACCACCACCAAUCAGAGUCGGCUCUUGUCACCCAUGGCAAGAAGUGUGCCAUCGUCAAGUUCCUUGCUAGCCAGGAUUUCGGCCUCGACACCACGGCCUUUCUCGGGUGGGUGCUGGAGAAGGACGCCCGUGUUCGCGGGUGCUACGAGCGUGACUCGUUUAGCAUGUGUCCCGAGAAGCUCGCGGAGGUGCUACUGAUCGACGGCUGCCUCGUGCUCUUCGCUGUCUUCCUGCUAAGGUCGAGCGUGCGCGAGGACGGGCGGCCCGCUGAACUGGCUCGUAGCGCCGUGCACGAGAAGGAGUUCAGCUACCUGUCGGCGGACAUAUCCCUGCACAUGAAACAGACCAGGCUGGACCUGCUGCUACUGAGCAACCAGAUCCCCUUCUUCGUGCUCCACGAGCUUCACAGCAGACUGGCCGGCACCUUCUUCCGGGGAAUCGUGCACAACAUAGAGAAGCUCGCUCUCUCCUGCUUCGACGAUAUUCGCCCCAGCCCCAGCCCCAGCGCCAGUGGGGACGGAGAAGCUCUUUUGUUCCCACCCACAGUUCAUCACCUCCUGCACCUUUUCCACUGGUCCCGGGUGCCCCGAGGCAAGCACGCCGUGGAUACCUAUUCCAUCCUGCUCGACGACCCAGAAACGAACCUCCCCUGCGCAACCUGGUUCGAUGACUCCCUGACCAGUUUCAGCAAGCAUGCAGCUCCUCCAGGUAUACUAGACAUCGUCUUCCAGAAAAAGAUAUUUGGAUUCCGAGGGGUGCUGCGCGUCCCGGCGCUGCACAUCCACGGCUACAGCGACCUCGUCUUCCGCAACCUCAUCGCGUUCGAGCAGAGCCAUCUCAGGUGUGGCCUCGGCGUAACCGCCUACUCCUUCUGCAUGGCUCGGCUGCUGCAGAGCGAGGCCGACGCCAAGCUGCUGAGGAAGAGCGGGAUCCUGGCUCACACGCACAAGACCGACAAGCAGAUCGUCGACCUGUUCAGCGGCCUCGCAGAUGAGUACCGCGGCACCUUCUAUUCCAAAGACAUGCUUCACCUCUGCAAGGAAGUGGCGGCGCAUCAGCGGAGUCCAGCUGCCAGGGCCGUCAGAGGAGCCGUGCUGCAGUGCUUCCCCAGGCAAACCGUAACCUUCUUCGUCAUCCUGGGGGCCUUCAUCUCCAUUGCCACGCUCAUCAACACCGUCUUCGCCGUCUAUAGGUUCUAUCAUCCAGUCAACAAUUAGUCCAUUACAAAUAUGGAAACACCGGCCGGAACAGAGUGGAUGCGACGACUCGCGGAUCGUGCUUGCCCCCUGAAAUACACAAUGCUUGUUGUGUAGUACUCUCCUUUCAAAUACUCCUAUCAUUGCAUUUUA